AUGGCUACACGUGCGGCACAGAAGCGCUUGACGCGCGAAUACAAAUCCAUCACCGAGAACCCCCCGCCGUACAUUACUGCCCACCCAUCCGAGUCUAACAUCCUAGAAUGGCAUUACAUCAUCACAGGUCCCGAGAACACUCCUUAUCACGGCGGCCAAUACUGGGGAACCCUUAUCUUCCCUCCCAACUACCCCUUCGCCCCUCCCGCGAUCCGCAUGCACACUCCUUCCGGCCGCUUCACGCCGUCUAGCCGACUAUGUCUUUCCAUCUCCGACUUCCACCCCAAAUCCUUCAACCCCGCCUGGGAAGUCUCGACGAUUCUCAUCGGCCUACUAUCGUUCAUGACCUCCGAAGAGAUGACGACGGGCUCCGUCUCGGCCACCGAAACAGAACGCAAGUUUCACGCCGCGCGCUCACGAUGGUGGAACUCGACAGGAGGCGGCUCCCAUCUCCGACCGAACGGCGCAGCAGGGAAGGGCAACGUGAAGGCGGGCGACGGCGGCGCCAAGUUCAGGUCGGAGUGGCCCGAUGUAGACGCUGAGAACUGGAGGUGGAUCAAGGAAAACAACAUUGACCCAGCAACGGGGAACAGGCCGGUGGAGCCGUCCAACGCAUCAUCGUGCGGGCCUCAACUGGGCAUUGCCGGUGGCGGCAGCGGCACCAGCGGGGGCCAGGCUCACGCUGUUGUGGACGCGGUCAUGCAGCAGAGGGACGCGGGUCAGGGGUGGAUGUCGAGGCAUAAGUGGUUGCUGGCCGGAUGCUUCUUCUUCUUUUACGUAUUGAUGGUGAGGAUCUUUGGCGAGGCCUGA